ACACAAACCUCCUGUAGCACACUGCUGCGGCGCACUGCGAUCUGACGGGAAUAAACACAACCAGGUUAUUCACCCCUAAACACCGGUCAGAAUUGAUCUUGUCAAAGGAAGAUGUCGGCGGUUUAUAAAGAUGAGCAGGAGGACUGGCUAACGGUGUGUCUCAAGUACCUGCUCUUUGUUUUCAACUUUCUCUUCUGGGUGGGUGGAGCAGCUGUUUUGGGUGUAGGAGUCUGGACACUGGUGGAGAAGAGUGACUACUUGAGUCUGCUGGCCUCCAGCACUUUCGCUGUCUCGGCAUAUAUCCUCAUCCUGGCCGGAGGCCUGGUGGUGGUUACGGGCUUCUUGGGCUGUUGCGCGGUCGUUCGGGAGCAGAAAAGCUGUCUGUCCACGUAUUUCUUCUGCCUGCUGCUGAUCUUCCUGAUUGAACUGGUGGCUGGAGCACUGGCUUAUGUUUACUACCAGAGGCUGAGUGAGGAGCUGAAGCAGCAUCUCAACCAGACGAUGACAGAUAACUACGCCCAGCCAGGGAGGGAGGCCAUCACAUUAGCUGUGGACAGACUACAACAGGAUUUCAAGUGCUGUGGCAGCAACAACUCCCAUGAUUGGAUGGCGAGUGUGUACGUUUCAUCAAAGCAGGCAGAAGACAGGCUGGUGCCCGACAGCUGCUGUAAGACCAUCACCCUUCGCUGUGGCAAGAGAGACCACCCCUCCAACAUCUACAAGGUGGAGGGUGGAUGCAUCACUAAACUGGAGCAGUUUCUGGCCGACCACCUGUUGGUCAUCGGUGCUGUGGGAAUAGGAGUGGCAUGUCUGCAGCUGGCCGGGGCAGCCUUGACAGCCUGCUUUAUUUAUCUGCUCUAUAAAGAAGAGGAGGAGGACUUCGGUACAUUGUGAUUUAGAUCUAGAGCACCUUUGUGGGUUUAAUCAACUGGAGAGACAAGGUCUGUGGGAUGGUGUUCACCAGCUGCUUGUACAGAAGGAUCAAGAUGGAGCCUUACUGAGUACACCAGGCCCCCCAACACACUAUCCUCAACAGGGAGACGGAACAAUGGCCUGCUAACACCUAAACUUCAACCUCUGAAUCUUGAACUCUGACCAGCUGAUCUAAGCCAAGUGCACAGACAAUUUCCAGGUCGCCCACAAUGCAGUCAGAAACAAAUUGUGCCAUUUUCACACCAGGCUGAUAUUUGCACUUAUGUUACAAAGUACUUCAGACCUGGCUCAUACAUUUCUCGGCCCACUGGGACAACAUGUCUGCUGCCAUCAUUGCCUUGGCUUAGAUGCAUGCUUUUGUUUGAGCAGGAAAAAAGAACAGGACAUACAAACAUACUCGAAAAUGCAUUCUUCUCUGCUCAACUAAUGAUGAUCCAGAUUGAUUUAUUAUUUUUUCACUGUGCAGAGAUUUCUAUAUAUAUAUAUAUAUAUAUAUUAGUGUGUUUUUUUUGGGCCAUUCCAGUUCUUAAGUAAGCUGAGCAACAACACAUUUCACAAAGGUGUCACUGCUAAUGAAGAAAGGUAACUUCUGGUUGUAUAUUUUGUUAACACAAUGUGCCUCUUUCACAACUUUGCUGGUAAAUGAUUAUGUAUUAAUUCUGUGCCUGAAAUCUUAAAGGGAGCUGACAAUGCACUGUGAUAAAUGGCAGCAAAUGAAAUGUAGUUUACAAUCUUUAUAUUUGGAGUUUUGCCUUUACUCUUGAACACACCAACAUCGAUGUUGAACGGCAGGAUAGUCAUGAGAAUGAAGUGCAUGGCUUCAUGAAGACAUUCUUAGACAGAAAUAUAAGUAAAGGAAAACUAAGCUAUUUUUCUCAAAUUCUGCCAGAUUCCUGAAUUUAUAACUCCACCUAGUGGUUGGCACUGGUAAUACAUAAUGUGUGCAAAACUCUGACUACGCUUCAGAAGUUUGAAUUACAUUAAAAUCAGCUAUUUGUCUUAAUGUGUGACACUCAAGAUAAUUAUACAUGUCAGAUCAUUUUUUACAUCAACAAACAUUACCUUCUGUGAAUUUAAGACUUCAUUACAUCCUUCCCUAGAAACACGGAGGUUUCAUACAGUGAAGAAGCUGACCUUUGUGAGAGCUAAAGCAAGGACUUUGUUCAUUUUCACUGCCUAAUCUGUCACUUGCCAUCCCUUUCCCUGUAGCCAUUGCUUAUGGAACAAUGAGUGGCCUUGUUGCCACAACACUGUAGAGUUGAGAAGGAGUAUAAAGUAAGAUAAAUAUGCUGUCUGGAUAUAGUUGUUUCUUUUCCAAAGAUCAAAAGUGAAAUUUUUUGUUAUUUCUAUCUUUUGCAACAAUACAACCGAGUCAGUACUCUGUAAAAGGACCCCCCCCCCCCCCACAUGAUGGACUUACAAAUGAAGGGUGCUAAUGUAUGUAGAUGGUUGUUGAUGACAUAAUAACAUGACAUCGGCAUGUGCUCCAUCAACUGACUGUGCUAUUUCAAAUAUUGAUAUGAAACACACGAAUAAAUGUUAAAAUAUU